AUGUCGAGAUCGUUCACAGGCUGCAAGAGAUGUAAGGCGCGGCGACAAAAAUGCGACGAGCAGAGGCCAAACUGCGGUCGCUGCCAAACAGCAGGCGAGCAAUGCCAAUAUGCGAUGCAGCUGCAGUGGGGAGGACGGGCAUUCUCGCGAUCGCGCUUCGGAGCCUGCGUCGGCACAGGUGGAAUGGAAAGACUUGAAUAUUCGCCAGGAGAGUUCAUCUACACGACUAAAGCGGCGAAGGCAGCGCAGGCGCAAGCAACGAGAUCGACAUCGAUCUCAGCAUCAACAUCGGCCAGCACCGGGUCAGAUCUCACGCUGUCGCAACCCGUCGACCCUUUUUCGUCCCUUUCCUCCGAUCAAAAGGCUUUGCUGCACCAUUUCAUCAAUGACGCUUCCCAGAUAACUGCGUGCCACUCCGGCAUGCAGCAGGAUAUUUGUCGAAUGCUGGUGCCUAUGGCCCUCCAGACUCCCUCGUUGCUCUAUGCCACCACUGCGCUCUCGGCGAUCCAUAUUCAGGCCCUACAUAAUCAAUCGGAGACUGUGAAGACUGCACCGGAUAUUGCCCGGUUGAUGGCGCUCAGCCUGGAGCAUUUCCGUACUGAGCUACAGAACCCGUCGUCGAAGGACUCCGAGGCGCUGGUGGCGACGGCCCGGACAUUAUGUCUGGCUGAGAUUCAUUCCGGGGCGAUCAACCCGAAUUCAUGGAGGGCACAUAUUGAUGGGGCGAGGGCUUUGAUGAGAGCUUCUGAUGCCGCUGGUGAGGACUCGCUUCAGUCUGCGAGCGGAUUCCGUCGCUAUCUAGAUCGCUGGUAUUGGUCGAUUGUAUCGCUGACAGCUCUGACUGGGAACGGGCCGCCGAUUGGAGAGAUUUCGGACUUUGCGUCUUCGGAUUUGAUGGGCUAUGGACAAUCUCCGGAUUACCUAGAUGACUAUUGGGGGUUCACCGUCGAUCUUGCGGCUAUUUUCCGGCAGAUUGGCGCUGCUGCUUGGCGGGUCAAUGAGACUGAGAAGGUUACUCCGGGUUUUGUCGCAGGAGAGAUUGACAGCAAUGUCGAAGAUGAUGCUGCAUCUCUAGAAUUCGCAAUCUGGCAGCUCAUGGAUCGCGAGUCGAGCUCACAGCCCUCGUUCUAUCCCGGAGCUGCGCAAGGGUUAUCAUCUGAAAAUGCGCAACAGCUUCUUCUCUGUAACGAGGCUUUCCAGCACAGUGCGCUCAUCCAGAUUCAUCGGCGGCUUCGGAAGACGCCCACUGCAUCGCCAGAAGUGCAGCGGUCGGUCCGGCGCAUCCUAGAAUGUACAGCGCAGAUCGGGCCGUCGGCGGGUCUCUCACCUUGGGUCAUGUUGACCACACCGAUAUUCAUUGCGGGCUGUGAGGCUUGCGGGGAAGAUCGAGACACUGUCAGGCAACUACUCUCUUCCUUGCAUGAUACUAUUCGUGUUCCCAAUGUUCUCCAAUCUUUGAAAUUCUUAGAGCAAUACUGGGCUAACAAGCUUGGUGAUGAAGAAGAUUGGAGUCAUUUCCUUGACCGAAUGCAAUUUGAUUUCAUCCCUUAUUAG